AUGACUCCAUGGGAAGGUGUGCACUGGAUCUAUACGAUCACACAACGGUUUAUGGCUGUGCGCUGUGUAGAACCUGUGUGCCAGGGUUCACGACCUGGCGAUUGCGAUCCGGAACUAUGUGGCGGUUCAUGUGAAGCACGAUACAUAAGAUUUUUCGACCGAAAUACGCGACUAGAUCGAACAGCAAAAAGCUGCCAAUGUGUGCAGGAAAGAAUUUGCUCCAUUAUUGGUAUGCAUGCUCAUGCUGGAUGUCGAAGUUAUUCCUCUCUAUCGUCUGCUGGUCAGCGACUAAUUCGCCUUUGGAGUAUCGAUGAGAAAGAUCGACGGUUUCGUUUCAGCAAUGACAUCAGAACGAGGUUUUCCGACAAAGAACGGUAUUUUUUUGAAUAA